AUAUUUUAGUUUGGUCCGACACCCCCCUGCAAACCACCGCACUUGAAUUCUUCCAUAAAAUGGCGGCGGUUCCUGUCUGUGUAGAGUGAAACUUUGCUAUUUUUAGCGAUAAUUUUGUCGUUUCCUCGCACCUUUACCUGGCUGUAGUCGCUAGAUUCUAACAGUUAACGCAUUUAUAACACGGAGCCGUCACAUAUCGAUCACCAGGACCGAGCAGACUCGUUCAGGGCUCCGGUUUUUGGCCGCCUGAUCGCUGGGCUUCCCUCGAAGUUGACGGGUUGCUGCUGAGUGUCUGACAUUGCCAUCAUACCGACUGUUGUUGUCACCGGAUCGUUCAAACGCGGAAACGGCAGGACAUCGACCGAGCAGCUAGCUAGCUGACCGGUUAAAUAAACACACGGUGCGGGGUUUCGGGUCGGUGACUGUGUGAGAUCGUGAGGACGUGUCACGUCAGCUGUCAAGAGAAAUCUCAGGUGUUGGAUGUCACCUGUACUCAGUGUCAGUCUGGUUUGCUAGCAUCGUCCAUCCUGGCAAAUCAAAUGGAGAAGCUCCAGGACCUGAGCCAAUCAGAGCUGCAGGAGCUCCUGGACACGCCAGAGAGGGUGGAGUCUAUGGCUCUGGAGUCUGACGAGAUCCAGAACAUCCAGCUGGAGAGAGAGAUGGCUCUGGCGUCAAACCGCAGCCUGGCUGAACAGAACCUUGACAUGAGGCCUCGUCUGGAGACUCAGAAGGAGCUGCUAGUGGAGAGAUACUCACAGUUGGAGGUCAUCAGAGAAAACUACAGACAAAACUGCUCACUCAGAGAUGGGAUGGUCGGUCAGGUGUCUCCUGAAGCGUUUUUCUCCAGACUACAGACAGAGGGCGGCAAAACAGAGGAGGAGUCAGAGGCUCUAGCAGAUGAGUUUCUGGAAGGUUCUCUGCCAUUGGACUCCUUCCUGGAGCGUUUCCUGUCUCUGCGCUCACUCGCUCACAGGAGGCGGGUUCAGAUCGAGAAGCUUCAGGAGAUCCUGCGACAGAGGAGCGAGGGAAUUCCAACCGCCAUGACAUCAUCAAUGGGCAGCCAGGACCCCGCCCCCUCAGCCUGGAAUCAACCAACGUCAACAUCGACGACCACACAUCAGCAGCAGCCAAGCUCUGCUCCCCAGAACCCCUCGCAGCAGACCGCCUCCUCAUCUGUAGGGGGCACAGCCGGCCUCCCCUACAGCCCCUACCCCAUCUGCCCCCCCAACCACCCCACAGCAGCAGCUGCGAGCUCCGGCCCAGCCAACCCCCCAUCACAGUUUCCUCCGUACCCUAGUUCCGGUUCACCUUUCACCCCCGCAGGGGGCUUCUCUGGCCCCCGGCCAGCCUUCGGUCCCCCCACGUCAGCCGCCUGUCCCUACCCCAGCCAGCCCUCCUUCCCCGCUCCCCACCCUGGCUCGGCGUUUGGCCAGUACACUCCCAACCAGAGCGGCCCUGCCCCCUACCCCGCCUCCUACAGCUAUGGGGGCUACAGCUACCCCACUGGCCCCGCCUACUCCAGCUCUCAGUCCCCCACAGGGAGGCCCCUGUACAGACCGGGGCACGGGGUCCCCCAGCCGUACUCCUGAGAGCCCCGCCCCCUCCACCUCCUCUCUACCCCCACCCCAACCCCCACCCCCAACUUCCCCAUCCUCUCGUCUUUUUACCUUUUCUACCCCCUCCCCCAGAGUCAGAGGUCUCUCGCUUUACUUCUCUUUGUUGCACUAUCCCCCCCUCCAACUUACAUAUGCACUCACACACGUACACGUACACGUACACACUCACACACACACACACACACACACACAAUAGUCUCAGGUUGUUGCGUUACACUCGUAUCUGGCUCUUCAUACACUCCCCCUGUCAUCUGCGUGUGUGUGCAUGUUUGUGUGUCCUGUUUCAGAUGAUUAAAGUGUAAUCUGGACGUCGAGUUUUGUCGAGUUCAGCUCUUCCACACACACACACUCAGACUCCCUCAGGUGUCAGGUGAUGUCAUGGUGUUCUCUCCUGCAGACGGCCAGAGAAGCAGCACAGCUCCACACACACCUUCCUCCGCCCCCCUCGGUUUGUUCCAACCAAAGAGCCUUUGAUUUGAUUUAAUUUAAUCUAGCACUGAUUGCUUGAUUGCUGUUUUCUGGCUCAUUAGCGCCCCCAGCUGGUUUCUCUCAGGAUCGAACUGAAGCUAAACAAGCGCUCGGUCAGAUCAGCUGGUUUCAGAUCAGCUGUUUGCAGGUGUGAACAGUGAUUCUGUGAGUGAGCAGCCUCCUGAUCUUAAAACCAGGCUGAUAUGAGUGGAGUCUGGUUUGGUGGCUUAAAGAUGUUUUUAAAAAGACUGAUCCUCUCAUAUUGUAUGAAUGGUGUUCAGAACAAAAUAGCAUUUCAGUUAGAUAGAAAGAUUCAAGGAUUUGGCAGAUUAUAAAAUGUCAGUAAGAUUCGCAGGUGACACGCAAUGACACAACACAAACUCUGAAAAAAAAUUCUAAAUUGUUGUCAGAUUCAUCAUGAUGCUGUGUGCAGGAAUCAUUUAUUUUUAAAUGUACGUGACAUCCUGGGUUGCAUCACAAAUGGUCAUACCAAACACACACAAACAAGCAUUUUAAUAGUUACUUGCGGGUCCAGUUGAAGACAGAACUAACAAAUCCCCAACAUGACGUAGUUAUUUCAGCAUCUUUUCAGCCUGUUGAUUGUCAAUCUCAGUCAAAUCUGACUUGCUAGAUACAAUGAAACUGUCACUCAGUGGAGACGGAAGGACAGGAGCUCCACAGCUGAAACAAAUCAUCGGUAGUCAGUGUCCAUCAGAGAAAUCCUGGUACUGAUCCGUGCUAACAGGUCAUCAGACUGGGACCUGGUCAGCCUCAAGGAGCUGAGGCAGCAGAAAAGUUUAUCCAGACACAGUUCAUAGAGGAGGGAGAUUAACCCAGCUGAGAGAGAGAGAGAACAGGGGAUGAUAUAAACACUUUAUCCAACAUAAACUUUGAGGUGAUAUUUACUCCCCUUUUGGUUUAACACACCUGAAUGCUGUCUUUAAUCAUCAUAGUCUUGUAUUGUGUUGUUAUUCUUUUAAGUGAGUAUAAAUUCCUCGCUCUAGGGAAAGACGUCAGGUGACCACGUGGGAGCCUCAUUUUCUGCAGUGAGCAGAUAGUUGACGGAGUUUGUGGUUUCUGAGCUGGGAGAUAGAGACCACUUUCAAGCUUGUGAGAUGUGUUUAUGCGGCCGCCAUCAUGUAGAGGGGUAGAUGAGGUUCUUAAUAAAUAUACUGUAAGUCAAAUACAUCACAAGGUCUAUAUAUAGAAUCACCAGGAAGUGGAUUGUCACUUGAGUCCGCUGUAGUCAGCCUGAAGGCGUUUCAGACUUGGAUUAAGUCAUUAAGGAUACAUCACCUAAUAUCUGUGCAGCAAGCUGAGCUGCAUCCGCCCGGCUGAGAGAACACAGGUUUGAAUGUUUUUCAGUCAAACUUUGCUUGUUGCCUAAUUCUGGGAUAAUUAUCUCUUCAAUUCAGAAAAAACGAGCAGAUUUGUCAUUUUUCAAAUAGCUUUUAUCGUAGAAAAAUAAAAUAAAUAGAAAAUGUAGAUCUGUCUGUGAAACAAGUCUGGGUGUUUAAAACCAAAAGUUACCAGUUACAGAGUCAAAUAUCAAAGUUUUUACUAAGGGAAAAAUAAGAAAACAUUUCCAAAAGACUUCCAGAAGUAUAAAAUAUCAGACAUAUUCUCGAUUUAUUUUUGGUUUGAUUUCAUUAAAUUGUUGUUUCUUUUAAAGUUAGCGUUAAAAUUGAACUUCCAAAGUUUUGGCCUUGGUCUAAUACCGUACAGCGGUAGCUUAUCACACCUCAGAUGUAUUACUUCAAUUAUCUGAACUAUAUUUAAUCAUUUUAAACAUUUACAAUAGCCUAAUAUAUCUGCCUCUAUAUGAGACUUCAGUAAUCUUAUGAGGCGUACAGUAAUUCUCUACAAAGGAAAUCACAAUAAUCUUAGAUAAGAGAGAGCAUUUGAAAACCUGCAUUUUUUUUAUUCAAUCAAAUAUCCGGGAUCAUAAAUAAAUGUCUGAUGUUUGUAACAAAACAAUCUGCAUAAGAAAAAAUUCACAUUUCAGCUAGUAUUUGAAUCGUGUAUAGACCUCCUGCCGUCUUAGACUUCCAUUCAUUAGGAGCCACGGCUACCCCUCUCCAUGAUGGCCACCCUGUGAACAGCUCCCGCCCAGGUGGCACAUACAGUACGUAUUUAUAUCUAUGGAUUAGAUGGUCAGAUGCAUAAUCAGAGUGAGUUUCUGUUUUUAGUGCGUGUCUGUCUGAAUGAAACCCUGAAUGGCCCCUCUUCCUGUCCCACCUUAUCCACCCCCUUCCUCCCUCUCCCCCUCCCCCGCUCUCUGAACAUGAACUGAUGCUGGACACAGAUCACCUGAACUCUUAGCUUUCUGUGCGUGCGAGGACGAGUCGUCUGACGUGUCGUUAACAUGAAGGUGAUCAGCUCUGAGUCAAUCAUGAAGACUGUUUAUUGAUGAGAAAAUAGAUCCUCCUCCCUUACUUUAAAUAUCACAAAGGUAAACCAUCUCGUCAUGCUCAUCAUGUUUUAUAUAAACAUUGUCUCUGAGCUUUGUCAGAAACUUUAGUUUGAUCAGCUCCAAACAUCAGCAGGAUGUUUAAAAUGUUCUCUUAAAAAAAACAAAAAACCUUAAAUCCAGACUUUACGAUGAAAUCAAAUGAUAUCGAUACCUGUUUGAUGCCACGGCAACAAAGUUAGAAGUCCUAGGCAACGAAUAUUGAGAAAUGUAUUGUUUUAAAUUACAGAUAAACUUGUGCAAAGUGUCUAAAUUGCACAAAAAUGCUGGCAACAUUUUCCGUACUAAAAUGUUGCCAGCAUUAAGAAAGCAAGUUUUGGAUGGACUCCUUUGUCUCCUACGCACCUGACUUAUGGAAUAGAUCUAGUUUUUUUUUUGUUUGUUUUUUUAAAGCUUUUUGAUACUAUCGAUCAUUAAACAAGAAUUUGUCGUUUUGAAACACGUGGUGUCAAAAACAAUCAAAGUAUCGAACAUUUUGACCGCCUUAACACGCCCGACAGCAAACAGGAGCAAAGACUUACUCUGUCACUCAUCACACUGCAUGUCAGAAUCAUAAAGAGGAAACAUAACCUUCUUUAACGGUCUGUUCAGGAGUCUCUGUCAGAACUACAAAUCCCAGCACACCUCUCUGCUCUGCUUCGGUAACAGAAUAAAAGCUCUAUCUUUCUUUUAUUUGUUACCUGGAUUAAAGUUGAUCUGUUUCAGCUCACCUGAUUGUCAGACUCGUUGAAAAGAAGCUAACAGAGCUAGCAUAGCUAGCAGAGGUGCGGACACUGUGGGAGAGCAUGAAGAGUUAAAGAUGACCUGUUCCUGCUGCUGACAUCUUUACAUCUGUAUCACCUGCUAUACCUGUAACACACACACACAGGCAGACAGGUGUGUGUGUGUGUGUGUGUGUGUGUGUGUGUGUGUGUGUUUUCAGACAGUGACACACUCCUGCAUGGUGAUCAUAUGUGUGUGUGUGUGUGGAGUGCUGCUCUGACCUGAGGAGGAGGAGAAGUAGUGAUGGAGGUGUUUUAGAAGAAGCACAAAGAGAAUUCUAAUAGAGUUUAGCAUUAAAACAUUCAGAGGGUGAAUUAUAAUAAAUAUUAAUAAUAAUAAUAAUAAUAAUAAUAAUGAUGAUGAUGGUAAAGAUGACUGUGGGUGUUAAAGAGACUUUUCUUUUCUUUCUCUUUUCCGGGGUUGUGAAUAAUUAAACUGAAGUUGAUCUAAA